GUCAGUGUAAUUCUCUCAAAAUCUCCUCAUUGAGAAAUGCAGGAUGUGUUUAUUGAGCUGUCGCGAUUAGCUUCCUUGUGACUUUAAGUAUUCAAACUCCACCCUCUGGGCUGUGCUUGUCGAGUAAGCUUUCCUUAAAUUCCGAGUGUUUUCACGUCAUCCCAUCUUUUGCUGCAUUUCAAAGUGGAAAACCCUCAGGGAGAGGGGACGCUGGGUUGUUCUAAUCUCCCGGAAACCAGGAGCACGUGCGACAAGAGCGUUGUCCACCUUCUUAUUGUCCAGCCUCUUCUAACUGACUCCAUGUGGGUGUACCUCCUCGCUGCUGCUGCUGCUGCUCUGCUCGCCGUUUGGUGGCUCCACCGAGACCGUCAGGAAAUCGGGCAGGUCACAGACAAGUUUGUCUUCGUCACCGGCUGCGACACGGGCUUCGGCAACCUCCUGGCAAAGCGCCUGGAGAGGCGGGGCUUCCGCGUCCUCGCUGGCUGCCUGACCCAAAAAGGAGUGGACGGCCUCCAGAGCGGCAACGCGUCCAGGCUAAAAGCCACCCUCCUGGAUGUGACUGACUGUAGCAGCAUCCAGAAGGCAGCGGACUGGGUUCAGGCAGAGGUGGGAGACAAAGGCCUGUGGGGGUUGGUUAACAACGCCGGGAGAGCCAUUCCCAUUGGUCCAACAGAAUGGAUGAAGACGGAGGAUUAUUUAAAAGUGCUGAAUGUGAAUUUGCUUGGAUUGAUGGAAGUGACGCUAACCUUCCUCCCACUGGUGAAGAAGGCCAGGGGCCGGAUCGUGAACGUAGCUAGCGUUCUGGGCAGGAUAUCGCUUGCUGGGGGUGGGUACUGCCUCUCCAAGUGUGGUGUGGAGUCUUUCUCCGACAGUCUGAGGCGGGACAUGCGUCAUUUCGGCAUCCAGGUUUGCAUCAUCGAGCCUGGCUUCUUUAAGACAGCUGUGACGAACCUGGAAGGCAUCGAGAAUGACCUGCAGCGUCUCUGGGACCGACUUUCUCCUGAAGUCCGAGAGAGUUACGGACAGAAUUACUUGGCAAAGUAUAUGAAGGCCCAGCGGUUCUCCAUGAAUAUGUUAUGCGAUGGUGACCUGUCCAAAGUCACCACCUGUAUGGAGCAUGCUCUAGUGGCCAGACACCCUCGCUCGCGCUACGCUGCUGGAUGGGAUGCCAAGCUCUUCUGGAUACCCCUCUCCUACAUGCCGACCCGGCUCAGCGACUUCCUGCUCUCCCUUCUGCUACCAAAGCCUUUGCAUAGUGUCCAUUGAAGAGCAGGGUAGGCUGGGCGCCAGCGCAGUUCAGGCCCCCACCACCUCCCCCAUCAGGGACUGGGUUUCUGGGGCAACCGCUUGGCUGGGACGACAUGUCAACAGAUCAAAAACGCAAGGACCCCACCUCCUACCCAAUCCCCUCUCUCCAUCCCUGGUGGCCAUAGGCAGUCCAGGUGUUUGCCUGUUUCAGAUGCGACCGUCGAUCAGAUAAAGGUAGGCCAUUCGGCCCAUCGAGGCUGCUCCGUCAUUCAAACUGACGGCACCAGCUUGUUUUUUGACCCUCCCUAAUUGCCCCCAAGCUGACUGACUUGCUCGGCCAUUCCAGAAGGGAGUUGAGAGCCAACUACAUUUCGGUGGGUCUGGAGUCACGUAUGGGCCAGAUUGGAUCAGGGGGUGAGUGAACCAAACAGGUUUUAACGGUUCACGAUUGUGUGAGUAAUGGUGAGUCGCUGGGUGAGAAUUUGCUCACCUCCCCCUCACUUCAUCCCUUUCAAUCUCUGUCCCUCUCGUUCCUGUUCCUUUUCCAUGUGGGAACAGUUUCUCCCGAUCUACUCUGUCCAGCCCCCUCCCCCCAUGAUGUUGGAACCCUCUCUCAGAUCUCCCUCUCAGCCUUCUUCCCUCCAAGGGAGAACAGUCCCAAUGUCUUCAAUCUCUCCUCCUCACUGAAGUUUCCCAUCCCAGGAACCAUUCUGGUAAAUCCCUUCUGCCCUCUCUCUCUCUCUCCAAUGUGUUCACAUCGUUCCUAUAGUGUGGGGCCCACAACUGGACACAACCCUCCAGCUGAGGGUCUAACAAGGGUCUUGUACAAGUUCAACAUCACCUCCCAGCUCUUGCCCUCUAUGUCCCUAUUAAUAAAGCUGAGGACACUGUGUGCUUUAUUAACUGUCCCCUCCACCUGUCCUGCCACCUUCAAAUGAUCUGUGCACAGAUACACCCAGCUCCCUCUGCUCCUGCAUCUCCUUUAGAAUUGGCCCCCUGAUUUUAGAUUGUAUAAUUUAUGUGAGUUCAUAUCACAAACGUCUUUGGAAUUAUCUGCUGGCUUCCUUGAUGGUGCUCUGGGAUGAACCAUUAAGAUGAGGAAGUGCCCAAGAUUGAAUCUCUCCGUUGUGGUGAAUCAUAGAGUCAUAGAGAUGUACAGCAUGGAAACAGACCCUUCGGUCCAACCCGUCCAUGCCGACCAGAUAUCCCAACCCAAUCUCGUCCCACCUGCCAGCACCCAGCCCAUAUCCCUCCAAACCCUUCCUAUUCAUAUACCCAUCCAGAUGCCUCUUAAAUGUUGCAAUUGUACCAGCCUCCACCACUUCCUCUGGCAGCUCAUUCCAUACACAUACCACCCUCUGCGGGAAAAAGUUGUCCCUUAGGUCUCUUUUAUAUCUUUCCCCUCUCACUCUAAACCUAUGCCCACUAGUUCUGGACUCCCGACCCCAUGGAAAAGACUUUGUCUAUUUAUGCUAUCUAUGCCCCUCAUGAUUUUAUAAACCUCUAUAAGGUCACCCCUUAGCCUCCGACGCUCCAGGGAAAACAGCCCCAGCCUGUUCAGCCUCAAAUCCUCCAACCCUGGCAACAUCCUUGUGAAUCUUUUCUGAACCCUUUCAAGUUUCACAACAUCUUUCCAUUCGGAAGGAGAUCAGAAUUGCACACAAUAUUCCAACAGUGGCCUAACCAAUGUCCUGGACAGCUGCAACAUGACCUCCCAACUCCUGUACUCAAUACUCUGACCAAUAAAGGAAAGCAUACCAAACGCCUUCUUCAUUAUCCUAUCUACCGAAUCAGUCGAUGGCAGAGGGAGGAUAAUGAAUCUCAUGAAGCUGGUGUGGGAGGGAGGAGGAGAAUCCACCAGGGAGGGGGCCACGUAUUCAGUCAGGCUCAAGGUGACAUCUCACAUCCCCACCCAGUGAGUGGGCCAGCGAUGCCAACUGGUGACCCUUAUGCAGGAAGCAUCUGAAACUGGCAAAGAUCUGCAAGAUGGGGUCCAGCACUGCUUCAGAGUUCCUUGAUUGUCAGGAAUUAUUUCAGUUAACUGUAUUCGAAUCCAGGUGGAAAUACAUAGAUGGUGCAAUAAAUUUUCUGACACUUGUUUAA